AGCAGCUGGAGAUUUGUAUGCCAUGGGUUAAUAAUUAGUGUUUUGUUGAUGUUGCAACAUAUACAGUUAUGAUAGCUGGAGAUUUGUAUGCUGUGCUGGUUAAUAAGUAUUUGCAACAUGUUCCAGUACAUUAUAUUGGUCUUUCUCGCAAUUUAAAUACACGAUAAUGAAGUUGCAUGGCUAUAGCAUCAGUUCCACUAUGACCCUCACACUGCUUUAUGCGUGUGCAACUCUUCAAGGCCUGCCUCUAGCUACUGCUGGUAAUUCUGAACAAGCUAAUAGUACCACUUAUUAUGUGCGAGGAAAAGACACAAACUCGUCAUUGUGCCCUGCUGACGUUGAAAUCGGCCAUUGUCAGACACUUGAUUUCUACGCUGAAAAUGGACGUUUUACGAGCCAUCGUUCUUUCGUCUUUUUAAGUGGAACACACCAACUAUCUCAAGAAGUUAUUCUUAGAGGCAUUACAGGAUUAUCAAUGGUUGGAGUUCAAGGUUCCACUAACUGCUCAAUAAUUUGUACCACUGCCUCAGCCGGUUUUGCUUUUUUUGACGUCACAUUUCUGCAUAUCAGUGACUUAAAUAUCCACAAUUGUGGUAUACACAAACAAGACUUUCAACUAGCUGCAGCUUUGAUUAUUAAGGACUCAACUAAUGCAUCUCUUAACAGAUUAGUAGUCACAAACACGACGGGAGGCUAUGGCCUCAUAACAAUCAACACACACGACCUUCUCUCUAUCACCAACUCAAUAUUUGCUUACAAUAAAAAUGACUCACACUGGGAAGGAGGGAACACGAGGAUAAUCUUUAGCGUUUGCGAAGAUUUUGAGCCCAAGUUUGUUGUCAUCAAAAACACUACUUUUCAUCAUGGGUACCAGUAUUAUAGGGUGUUCCGAGAAGUUGGCUGCGGAGGGUUGACGAUUGAAUUCAACUGUUACAACGUUAAAGUGAGCGUAGAGGAUAGUGAGGCAAGCUACAACACAGCAUAUUUCGGAGGCAAUAUUGAUGUUGUGUUUGGACUGCUAACAAACAAUUCCUUGCGGUUACAUAAUGUUACAAGCACACACGGGAUGGGUGGUCGGGGGACAGGCCUUUUCAUAACCAUCAAACAAAAUGUAGGUAUAGAUGAUGAGUACUCAUGUGAUACGCAUAUGUGCUCUGCUAUGGAAAACGUUAUCUUGAAUUUUUCAAAUCUACAUUUCAAUCGAAACCAAAAGUCAGCUUUUAUAAUUGAGGAUAAUUCCUACCCCGGUACAGUGUGCGUGAAUCAGUAUGCUGUGAUUAAAGAUUCGGUUUUCUUGGAGAACUCCAGUCCUGCUUGGUGGGGCGGCUCGGCUGUCCGUUUAGCUUACAGCCCAUUGUCUCCGGCUGUUAAAGAUUUUGCAAUACUUUAUACGACUUUUACAAACUGCACUUUCUCGGGACACUUUAAAAAUAGCCAUAGAAUGGAUUUAAUCGCUUCUGUUAUGUAUUUCGAACUGGUAAAGAAUGUGACGAUUGAGAACUGUUCAAUUGGCAACAACAACAUGUCGGGCAUUCAAGCAUACUCAAGUAAUGUGCACUUCAAAGGAAGUACCAACAUUUUUAGAAAUACAAACUACUAUGGAGGUGGACUGCUACUACUGCAAAAUUCAUUCAUGUUCAUGAGUUUAGGCACGACAAUCAAUUUUUGUGAUAAUCAUGCAGUAACAGUGGGAGGAGCGCUAUUUUCUGACUUUGAUCUUCAAAUCCCAACAAAAUCCCCAUGCUUUUACCAGCUCGAUAUUUCUGGACCAAGUGCGAAUAACAAUUUGAUUAGUACCAUAAAAGUGAACUUUCAGAACAAUACAUCUGGACUAGCAGGAUCAGCUAUAUUUGGGGGCAGAAUAAAUUCUUGUUACUCCUACAGACACAGUUAUGUCAGCAAACUUUUCGAAAAGGUUUUCAAAAUAAACAACACCGUGAAUGAUCCAUCAGCCAUUACUUCAGAUCCCUAUUAUGUCUGCUUUUGCAUAGAUGAAAGCAGACUCCCAAAUUGCGCUGUUGGUUCUCACAAUGUCAGCGUGUUUCCUGGCGACAAUUUCCAAGUCUCGGCUGCCACUGUUGGUAGCAGUAGAGAAGGUACUAUCCCAGGUGUUGUACACUCACAGUUCAUCAAGUCAUACCAAAAUACGUCAUUCGGUUAUCUUCAAGCAGCACAGAACAGUGUAGGAAGAUACUGCAGUACUCUUAAUUUUACCAUAUAUUCUUUAGACCCGUCCGUGAGCUUUUAUCUAUCAACUGACAAAUUAUCUUUUUUCUCGCUAUUUGUUUUCGACUCCAAAAUUGUCACUGUUACUUUUCUUGAUUGUCCACCCGGAUUUGAAGUCCAUUUUUCUUCUGGAAGACCCAAAUGUGAUUGCGAAAAACAACUCCAAAUUCAUGACGACAGUAUUCAGUGUUUGAUUACGAGCCAAGUGAUUGUACCACCUCCAGGCUCCUGGGUAGGCUACUACAACACUUCCACCCCGGAUACGGUCGUCAGGGGGGCACUCUUUCAUCGAUAUUGCCCCUACAAUUACUGUCACUCAAAUCAGUCGUACAUUUCUCUCAAUAAUACCGACAUGCAGUGCUCCUCCAACAGAUCUGGGAUAAUGUGUGGAGAGUGUCAAAAAGGUCUCAGUCUCACCCUUGGCAGAAAUAAGUGUGUAAAAUGCUCGAGUAUUAGCCUGCUAUUCAUUAUUGUGUUCGCCUUAGCUGGGGUUGCAUUAGUUGUGCUGUUGUUUGUGUUGAGGCUUACGGUAACAGAAGGAAGUAUUAAUGGAUUAAUAUUUUACAUGAAUGUCUUGAAGAUGAACCAAGCACUUCUUCUGCCAGGAAACGAAACAAAUUUUCUGAGUGUGUUUACUGCAUGGAUGAAUUUGGAUCUGGGAAUCGAUUUAUGCUUUUAUGAUGGAAUGGACUCGAUAGCAAAAACAUUCUUACAGUUCGUUUUCCCUGCAUACAUAUGGUUGCUUGUUAUUUUGGUGAUAGUUCUCGCAAAAAGGUUUCGAUUCAUUUCAAACUUAGUUGGACAAAGAGCAGUUCAAGUUCUAGCCACUCUGUUGCUUCUCUCUUAUACAAAACUUCAAAGAGUGAUUGUUACAUCUCUCACGUAUACCACUUUGUUAUAUCCCGAGGGCUCAAUCCAUUAUGCUUGGUUGUACGAUGGAAAUAUAAACUACCUUGAAGGGAGGCACAUUGCUCUGUUUGUGGCAGCUAUUGUUUGUUUUAUUUUGUUGAUUUUACCGUAUACGAUUCUGCUAACAUUCUUCAAAUUCUUUCAAGCUUGCUCUGAUAAGAAACUGAUGUCAUGGAUGAACAAUCUUAAACCAGUCAUCGAUGCAUACGCUGGUCCUUAUAAGGACAAUCUUCGAUUCUGGACGGGUUUCCUGCUCUUUUCUCGAACAGUACUAAUUGUUACCCUUACCCUCAAUUGGACGGCGUCACCAGACUACAACCUUUUUGCAGCAGCUCUGGAAGCCAUCAUCCUCAUCAUGAUUGUAGGCUCUCUUGGUGGCAUUUACAAAUAUUCGCUUUACAACUUCCUCGAAACUUUUUGUUAUUUCAAUGUAGCUGCUGUGGCUUUGAUUCUGCUUUAUAACAAAGAGCAUCAAUACGCUAUCCUAAAUGGAUCGAUGGGUGUUUUAUUUUUCAUAUUUUUAGUAGUUAUUUUCAUCCAUUUAUUCAAGUACACCCCAAUUCGUUUGUGUGUUUCCUGCAUUAGGAGGAGGUUUACUGAAGAUGAAGCCAACAGAGGAAACGAUGAAGACUUAUUAUUUGAUGAUCGAUAUGAAGCCGUUGUGGAGUCUGAUGAGAAUGAACUCAAAGACACUGUUGGUUGAACAUGAAGUAGUAUAUUACAACAUAUCACACUGAGCACAGCUCUAGUUCAUGCAUGCAUGGUUAGUUCAUUAUGGCAGUUAUACUUUGUGUAUAAUUUGAUGAGUAUAUAUAUUAUAACAAAAACAAUUUAAUGGACAUUUUACGUGCAUAUAAUUACACCCCAAAUGCAGUUAAUGUUAUACAUUUACCGGUACAUGCAUUUACUAACUCUAUAAUAAUUAUAAUAUAUAUAUAUAUAUAAUCAAUGUUUCAGGUAGCUCCGUGUAUAAGACCCUUGCAUGCACAUGUGUAUGUACAGGUCCUUGAUACUGAGAUAACCUCUCCUAAUCAUGCAUGCACUCCCAGUGUAACGAUAGCUGGCACGGAAUGCAAUUCAUUUACUAUAAUUAUCAUGCAUGUGCAUGACUACAGUAUAGACUUUCGCUAUUCAGGCUCUCUAAAGUACGGCCACUUCAAUACCGGCCAUAUAUAGUUUGGCAUGGAUUGCCGAAAAUUACCCACUAUACGGUAUUUUUUGAAAACGUUUAGUUUAGUUUUGUAGAAAUGAUGUAGCACUAGACUGGAAACUACUCCCUUCACUGCGCUCUGGGGACUGGUAAGCUGCCGUGUUGAGAGUUGUCCCGUUGGAAUGCAAUUAGAACAAACCACAAAAUGCGUAAUGCGUG